AUGGCCAAGCUGCUGAAGCCGUCCAGACUGGACACAGAUCCCAGCUCGCCCACUGCAGCCAAAGAGUGGAAGCACUGGCAUAAAACAUUCACCAACUUCAUAGAAGAAAGUGGAGAUGCUGCACCAGACAAGUUGAGGGCAUUAGUGAAUUGUGUGUCCCCGAGUGUGUAUGAACUCAUUGAAGACUGUAGUACUUUUGAGAGUGCAAUCGCCAAACUGGAGAGUGCUUAUGUCAAGUUGCCGAAUGAAGUUUUUGCUAGGCAUGUUUUGGCGACACGACGACAGCAGUCAGGAGAAUCCCUUGAUGAAUUUCUGAGGGAGCUACAAAAGCUAAGCAAGGAUUGUAACUUCCAGGCAGUCACAGCUGAGCAAUAUCGGCAGGAGCUAGUACGUGAUGCAUUUAUCAAUGGUAUUGCCUCAGCAUUUAUUCGUCAGCGCCUACUAGAAAAUAAGUCACUGAACCUGGAGGCUGCACACAGUCAAGCUCGUACGUUGGAUCUUGCCCAGCGUAGUGCCGACGCGUAUGCAUCUCCACCCAUUCCUCAUACUGCUGCUUUAGUUCCAGAGUGGCAGGCACAGCCCAGAGGUGACCAGCAGCAGCAGCCAACAAAAGAAGAAGCAGAAAGAAGUUCACCUGGAGAUUCAGCUGUUGCUGCUGCUUACUUAUCUAAGAGGAAAUGCUAUUUUUGUGGUAAUGCACUCCACAGUACAGGUAGAGUGAGUUGUCCUGCACGUACUGUUAAAUGUAACAAAUGUGGUAAAACAGGUCAUUUUGCAAAAGUCUGUAAAUCAAUGGCUUCAGGUAGUACUACUGCUGCAUUGUAUAAUCCCACUUUGCUUACAAUAGCUGCCACGUAUCCAAAGAAUCUUUCACAUGCAGCUACAAACAUUACUGUAAAUGGCCAUUCAUUGAAGGCACUAAUUGAUUCUUGUAGUUCAGAUAGUUUUAUACGUGAGGAAGUAGCACAGAAACUAAAUUUGACAAUAGUUCCUGUAGGUACAGCAGUCUCAAUCGCAUCAAAAUCUUUAAAUGCUAGUUCCCCUGGGUUUGUUACAGCAGACUUAGUGCACCUUGAUCAGAGAUAUCCUUGUAUCCAGCUCGGGGUCCUGAAGGAUUUAUGUUGUGAUGUUAUCUUAGGUUAUGACUUUCAAAAGCAACACCAGAGCGUAACUUUUUAA